ACUUCAUCUCCAUCGUUCUUCCGUUCGUUCGUGGCGAGAGGAACAUCACGAUUGAAAUAGACACAUCUUCAACUGAGAAGAAGUCUUUUCCGCCUGGACUUCGAGAAGCUGUACUUCGAGAACAAAGUAGUUCUAGCCGUGGGUCUUCUUCCUCUUCAUCUUCCUCUAGAAGUGCGAACAAGACCACGACCACUGGCGCUACCUCUUCUUCAAGGAUAUCAUUGUCUUUUGAUUUCCGCAUCCCAGCACUCUUUUUCCUUGCUGCAGCUUUCUACAGCCAAAGACAUUAUUUGAAGGUCGAUCAGCAGGGCGCGUUGGAGUUGGCCGCGAAGGAACAGUGGGCCAAACAAAAGGGAAAGAAGUUGACGACGGAGCAACUUGCGUGGCCGCCACCAGCGGAGCCGCAUCAAGUAGAGAGCAAACGUAAACUUCUGCAUGAUCAGCUGAAGUUUUUCCGCUUUCCCAACGAGCGCAGAUGGCACAACCAUGUUAUCCAACCUGUAACGAUCGAUGAGCUCACUCUAAAGUUCCUACGACAAGAGAUGGCUAGGAAUCCACAGUUCCGAAGAUAUGCUGGCCCUGUGUGGAACCAAUUAUACCAUGAAGAUGAAGCAGUGCAAAUUGGCGUGCUUUCCUUCAACUAUCGGAUGUGGCAGCCGGCGGCGCCCCACAUGGGCCGUGGAGGCCACUUAUACCGCUAUGUUCCCUCAGUCCGCACCCAAGAGGGCUAUCUUGUCCGAUACAACAACCUGACCGAACCGCAACACCUCGUCUGCAUGCGCUUGCAGCAUCAGAAGGAAGAGGAAAAGCGCGUGGCGAAGGCAAAGCGGGAAGCCAAAGCAGAAGCUAGGAAGAAACAGAAGUUGGAAAAACAACAAAAUCCACUCAACAACGUCGGAGAUGGCGAUGACUUCACCUCCGAAGACGAGGAAGAUAUGCAAAUAUCAGCGGCGCAACGACUCCUACAGUCAGCAGCUGAGCAAGCACAGCCAAAAACACGGUACACGCGAAGUAUCAAGCAACAAAGGAGACACAUCGAUUGUCUGGGUUGGGACGAAGCAUGGGCGGCCCACAAAGCGAAUCGCAAGAACAAGAACCAGAACAAGGCGGGUGGAGGUGCUUUAGAAGAUGCAGCUGCUCAGGAGCAAGCGACGACGGGUGGACGUGGAGGUGCUUUAGAAGAUGCAGCUGCUCCUCCUGUUGUAGCAGCUAAUCAUGUUGUACUAUCGAGCCGCAGAACAACUUCUGUUUCAAAAGCGUCCAAUCCUCGGACCUCUUCAACCGAACAAGGGCGUCUUUCGACCAUUGUGGAAGGGGAAGAAGCUGAGGACAGCAAUGACAGCUUGGCUGCCGCACUGCAAGAGCAUGGGCUGGUCUAGGAUUUUUUAGUCUCUCGAGGACAUCGCAUCCACGGUGAUUAGACGGGGAAGUGGCCGCAUCACCUUCGUGAUGAAACGCAUCUAAUGCGCGCAUUUUUUCCCAACGUAUCGCACUUUUUGGACUAGAAGAUCUCUUGAUUCUCAACAGUCGACCAUUCGCAGGAUGCUUCUAAACAGGAGUGGUCUAUAAAGAAGAAUCAAUCCUUGUCCAUCCUCAUUCAACAGUCAGCGCACUGCAAGAGCAUGGGCUGGUCUAGGAUUUUUUAGUCUUCGAAGAAGCUCGUCGGCGCUUCAGCUGCCGUUGUAAAGAUACCUAGUUUUCGUGCUUGGUAUGUUCCGGAGUUGUUUUUUCAGAAGCUGUACACAUGAAUGCUGACCAUUAAAAGGCUCAAUGUAUCUUCGUUUUUCAUUAUGACUUUUACCUUAUCCUUAUCAUACCUGUGGUCAUCACAUGUUGUUUGUUUGAAGAAUUGGAAGGAUUCACCGACUACGUCAAUAAAGAUGUCUGUCGGGGAAUGAAAGACAAGAGGCAUGAUCGAUCAAUCAAUCAAUGUUUGUUUGUUCGUUUUUAGCCGUGAUUUAACGUUCGU